ACGUAAAAUUACAAUAAACGAUUAAUUGGAAUAAAUUUUCUCUUCGUUUUUAGUUAGUGCAAAUUAGUUUAAAAAUAAAAGAAAAUAAUCGCAUUUAACCGGCAAACGACGUCGAUAUAUUUCGAUACAUCGUUUUACUAUUAUUCGUAGGUUAGGAAACUGAUAACGUAGAAUUACAUUGAUAAAGAUGGCUUACCUUGUGCAACAAAAACAAUAGACAAAAAUCAAACGUAAAUAUCUUAAUUGUCAUCCUUGUUAAAAAAGAUGAAAUUAGGACGAAUUAAAUUUGUCUUUGUCAAAUAAAUAUUUUAAUCUCAAUGAAAAGAGGUUAGAUUCGCUUAAGGUUAACAAUGGCUGUUGAAUUCAUAGUAAACCGGCUGAAAGCCCUUUUUUUACUUCUCUUCGGUGUAUUUAGACGUGCAAUGUGUUGCUUACGACGUCGUAGAAGAUCUUCGUGUGAUUCGAUACCACUUUCGGCGGUUGGCGUGAUACCAAAUCCAUCAAACAAUUCAAACACGGAAUUAGAAAAGUGGGAUCAUUGGGAGGAAAACCCAGUCGUUAUUGUACCAGAUAGACCUGUUAACACUGUCCAAUCUAAGAUAGAACAAUAUAGACAACAGGUGACCAAGUCUACGGAGUCUCCAGAAGAGGAACAACAACCUAACUUCUUUCAGGAUAUGACACCAAAAAUUACAAGACAAACUAAAAUUCUUAUCAAAGAUAAAAAAGCAGAAAAUAAUUACGACAAUGCUCGUCAUUUUGCUAAAUUUGCUGUAGCUACCGACCCAAUACCAACAAAUGAACUUAAAGAAUGGGAAGAUAACGCUGUCAGUUGGGAAGAAGAAACCAGCGAAGAAUUUGGUGAUCCUACUAGAGCAUUGAGAGAACAAAAGCGUAGAGAACGUGAACAACGUUUAUUUGAACAGCAACAAAAAAGACUUGAACGUAAUGCUAGGCCGCAACCAUUAGGAGCAAAAAUAAGUUCUUGAUGUGAAGUAAUAUUUUUAUUCGAAUUAACAUUAAGUUUAAUGAUAUUUUUUAAAGAGGUAAUGUCUAUGUUCUUUAAAAUACAGUUAAGAAACAAUUCCAUCCGUAUUGGAUAUUUUAUGGGUGUAAUAUUUCUGUUAUAUAUGAGAAAUCAGUUUAAGACAAAAAUCUAACUAUAUCAAAAUGUAAAUGUGCAGUGCUUAUAAGUAUAAGCUAUUUAUACAACCAACAUAAUUUGAAAACAUUGAUAUUUUAUUGAACUUUACUAAUUGAGAUUGUUCAUAAAAGAACAUAUCUUUAAAGUAUUAUGUUUUAAAUUAUCUACUAAUACAUUGUUAUUUUUAACGAUUACUUGUAAUACUAUUAUCUUUGCUAAUACUUAAGUAAUAGAUUUUUACUUAUAUUUGAUCGUGAAUUAUUUUAAAAUUAUACAUAUACAUAUAUAUAACGGAGCAAUGCAAUUAUUAUUCAUAAUUUAUUCCUUAAUUUUAAUUUAAGAUAGAUUUUAAUAGCAUUACAUUGCCUAUUUCUAUUAUUAUUAGUAUCUAUUAUUUCGUUAUAAGUUUAAGAUACAAUACACGUCCUUAGAAUUUACAAACAUUUAAUAUUAAUUACCUGCACCAAAUGCAUUGCACAUCUUUUGCAGAUCAUUGAAGAAAAUAAUUCAUAAAAAUAUUUAUUGUGUAAAAUGUAUUAGAUUUUUUGUACCUAUUAAGUUUGAGUAAGGCUGUUCUGAUAAAAAAAAA